AUGGAACAAUUUAUUAAUAUUAAAUUACAAUAUAUUACAUCAAUAUUUCCAUAUUCAUUCAUAGGAGAAGUAAUAAAUUCAUAUGAAAAUUGGAAUAAUAAAUAUGUUAUAGGAUUUAUUGGAAUGAAUAGUAGAAUAAUAAAUGAUAUAAUAGAAUUACAACCAAUAAAUCAAGUAUCAAUUUUACCAAAUGAUAUUAAAAUUGAUACUAAAAUUAUUGUUAAUAAUCUUAAACCAUUAAUAACAUCAUUAUUAUGUAAAUUUUAG